AUGUCGUUACAAUGGGACAAGCUAUCUUCUUGGCAACGCGACAACCAACAAAUCCUUUUAGGUUAUCGAACUUCCUCCAAUUCCUUCAGCAAAUCAUUCACAAGCCUCAUAUAUAUUCAUAAUGAAUCCGUUAACAUCUAUUCCCACCUCAUCCCUGCGGUUAUCAUUUCACUCUUCAGCAUCUCAUUCUAUACAGCACUCGCACGCAGAUAUGCAAGCGUCUCAGCGGCAGAUGCCCUAGUUUUUGGCUGUUUUUUCUUGGGGGCUGUCUUAUGCCUGGCCAUAUCGGCAAUAUUUCACACCGUCCAGAAUCAUUCCUCGCGUGUUGCACGCAUCGCAAACCAAGUGGACUACAUUGGUAUCAUAUUGCUGAUUGUCGGGAGUUUUAUUCCUAGUAUUUUCUACGGGUUUUACUACCAUCCCAACUUGCAGAGAGUCUAUUUAACCAUGGUCUGUCCUCAUUUGCUUCUUGGCCACAGCCCCUUACAUAGAUUUUCUAAGAUCACAUCCCUUGGCCUGCUUUGUGCCGCGAUUUCAGCAAAUCCUCAAUUUCGGCACCCCACUUGGCGACCCUUUAGGGCGGGAAUGUUCAUCUCCCUUGGACUAUCAGCACUCUUCCCUGUCGUUCAUGGAGCUAUGAAGUUUGGCCUCAAACAGAUAAACAGGCAGAUCGGUCUUUUCUGGGUUGCUCUGCAGGAGCGCAUAUCUCCUGGCCUCUUCGAUAUCUGGAUAAGCUCUCACCAAAUCUUUCACAUUAUGGUGGUCUUGGCUAUAAUAUCUCACCUUCGAGGAUUGGUCAAUGCCUUUGAUUACAAUCAUAGUGUUAUGGCCUUACAUUGCUGA